GUUGAUUCAUAUCCCGACAGCAACGAAGAAGACGACCGAACAAUGAACUGCUUUUCGUGUUGUAUGUCGGUAGAGACAAUAUGCAACAACAGUGACGGAACCGAUGAGCCCAGAACACUAAAAGACAUGCCUUCGUUUGCCAAUAUUUCAUUCAAGAGUGAUGGAAGCCGAAAGAGAUACAUUGCCGAAGAAAUAGUAAAAAGGGGUAAAGGCAACACGAGUGUAAAGACUUUUGAUUACCGUGAUUUAUGCACUGCUACUAACAACUUCAACUCAGAGAAUCAGCUUGGUCAAGGUGGUUUUGGGAGGGUCUACAAAGGGCAGGUUGAGAACCCGAAUCAGGUUGUUGCUGUCAAGCAACUUGACAGGAAUGGAUACCAAGGGAACAGAGAGUUCCUUGUUGAGGUCUUGAUGUUGAGUUUACUCGACCAUCCUAACCUCGUGACGUUGGUCGGAUAUUGUGCCGAUGGAGAUCAACGGAUUUUGGUCUACGAAUACAUGGUUAAUGGCUCCUUGGAGAGUCACCUUCUAGGUAUGUUAGACUCACAGAAGAAUCCAUUGGACUGGGAUACCAGGAUGAAAGUCGCAAUCGGUGCGGCUAAAGGCCUUGAAUACUUGCACGAAAAGACUGAUCCCCCGGUGAUUUACCGCGACUUUAAAGCAUCAAACAUAUUGCUGGACCAGGAUUUCAACCCGAAGCUCUCGGAUUUUGGACUAGCAAAGGUCGGUCCGACUGGAGACCAGUUGCAUGUUUCCACCAGGGUUAUGGGAACCUAUGGCUACUGUGCACCUGAGUAUGCACUGACGGGCCAAUUGACUACGAAAUCCGACAUUUACAGCUUUGGAGUCGUGUUUCUGGAGCUAAUCACAGGAAGAAGAGUGAUUGACACUUCGAGACCAACAGAAGAACAGAACCUUGUCAAAUGGGGUCUCAACCAAGCACUUGCAGUCGCAGCAAUGUGUCUGCCGGACGAUGCGGCCGCUCGGCCCAAGAUGAGUGACGUAGUAACUGCUCUUGAACACUUAAUUGUGGACAAAGGACCAAAAGGAGAUAACGACUACGACUACGAUGAAGAACAAGAAAGAAAGAAAGAAGAGUAG